UCAAGAGCGCAUGUCUACAAAGAAGCUACAGAAGCUGUCUACAAAGACAAGAACACGCAGCCUUGAGCAAACACACCUAUUUCAGCGCACCAAUGAAUCCUACUGACGGCACACUGGACCACAAGGAUCCUUGCCAGGAUGAAGACAGGCUGGAGCAGUCUGCCGAAGGAGGCAGGCAGUCUCCCACUGCAAAACCCCAGCCAGGGUUCGACAUGAUCUACCGGAUUGAAGAUGUCCCACCUUGGUAUCUCUGUGCCCUUCUUGGCUUACAGCACUACUUAACAUGCUUCAGUGGAACCAUAGCCGUGCCCUUCCUGCUGGCGGAGGCCAUGUGUGUCGGGCGAGACCAGUCCACUGUCAGCGCACUGGUGGGAACCAUCUUCACCUGUGUGGGAGUCACCACCCUCAUUCAGACCACUUUUGGUGUCAGGCUUCCGUUGUUCCAGGCCAGUGCAUUAGCCUUUCUCAUCCCUGCUCAGGCCAUCAUGAAGCUGGAUAGAUGGACGUGUCCUCCUGAGGAGGAGAUUUAUGGGAAUUGGACUCUGCCCCUCGACACCGGCCACGUCUGGCACCCCCGGAUCAGAGAGAUUCAGGGCGCGAUCAUCGUGUCAAGUUUGGUUGAGGUUGUGAUUGGUUUCCUGGGGCUCCCGGGCUUGCUGCUGAACGCCAUCGGUCCCCUGACAGUCACCCCCACCAUCUCCCUCAUCGGCCUGUCUGUUUUCCACACCGCAGGGGACAGGGCAGGGAGCCACUGGGGUCUGUCUGCGCUGUGCAUCUUCCUGAUAGUGCUGUUUGCCCAGUACUGGAGAGACUGGUCUAUACCCUUACCAACCUACAGGAGGGGGAAAGGCUGCACUACAACUAAAUUCCAGAUAUUCAAGAUGUUUCCGAUCAUCAUAGCCAUCAUGGUAGUUUGGCUGAUAUGUUACAUCCUCACCCUGACUGACCUUCUUCCAUCGGACCCGAACGAGUAUGGUUUUAAGGCUCGGACUGAUGCCCGCGGAGAGAUCAUGUCUCAGGCCCCCUGGUUCCGCAUGCCCUACCCAUGUCAGUGGGGUUUGCCCACGGUGACGGUUGCAGGGGUGCUGGGCAUGUUCAGUGCCACCCUAGCUGGCAUCGUCGAGUCAAUCGGCGAUUAUUACGCUUGUGCCCGCCUCUCAGGGGCACCUCCACCCCCUAUUCACGCCAUCAACAGGGGGAUCUUCACUGAAGGCAUAUGCUGCGUCAUAGCAGGUCUGCUGGGCACUGGAAAUGGCUCCACCUCUUCUAGUCCAAACAUCGGAGUGUUGGGCAUUACUAAGGUUGGCAGCAGAAGAGUGGUCCAGUACGGUGCCAUUAUUAUGUUCAUUCUCGGAACAGUGGGAAAGUUCACGGCCCUGUUCGCCUCUCUGCCUGACCCCAUUCUUGGUGGCAUGUUCUGUACCCUUUUCGGAAUGAUAACAGCUGUGGGACUGUCAAACCUUCAGAAUGUGGAUCUCAACUCCUCCAGGAAUCUCUUUGUUCUUGGCUUCUCCAUGUUCUCAGGACUCAUGCUGCCCAAUUACCUGGACACGCACCCAGGAAGUAUCCAAACAGGUGUUCCUGAACUAGAUCAAAUCUUCACUGUUCUAUUGACAACAGAAAUGUUUGUUGGAGGUUUCCUUGCAUUUGUGUUGGACAACACCAUUCCAGGGACGAAGAAGGAACGUGGACUGUUGGACUGGAAGUCCGACAGCGACUCCAACGGGAGCUCCGUCACCUCGACCACCUACGACUUCCCCGUCGGCAUGGGCUGCGUGCGGCGCCUGGACUGCCUACGCCACAUGCCCAUCUGCCCCACCUUCCGAGGCUUCGGCUGGCUCAAGCGCAAGGCCAGGGCACAGCGGACGGACAACCUGAGCGGAGAGGAGCUGGCAGAGACCGAUUAUCCUGUAAAAGUAGCAUCCACUAAAGUAUAGCCUCACCUAUGCCCUGUACAUUUUUUUCAUAAAUUUUCUUUUUCUUAUAUAUAUACGCAACUGAAGUUUGCACAGGUAUUUUGCUAAACUGUACAGUAAUAAUAAUGUCUUCUUUGUCAAUCUUUGAAAAAGUGAGUCAAUACGUUGAUUAUGUUGUUUAUAUUCAGUGUAUUUAUAGGUAUUUUUAGUUGUGAUUGCACGCUUUGCCCCAGGGCCCACUGCCAACCUGGAGUAAUUGAAGUUCAUUGUAUGUGUCCAAGUCAUGUUGUCCUAACUAAUCUCUGGAGCAGCUGGACCAGAUUGGAUAUCAUUAAAUCUCACGAGACGUGUCUUAUUUUAUACAGUAUUAAAUAAACAACAACAGGCCUCCAAUGGCACAGAAUGACUGUUGGCAAUAGUUGGAUGCACUCACAAACCAAGUGCUGUCUGCUAGAGCUUUAUUGUUGUGAAAAGGACCCUAUUUUAAUGCACAACCUAUUGUUGUUGAUGUAAAAACAGUAUGUACCGUAUACUUAGUUCAGCUCUUCAUCUAGGCUAGAGCUGGCACACACAGACAUCACACAUUUCUGCCUAUAUUGUUAUGCAUUAUAAUGUAAUUUACCGUUUUUAUACUAUAUUUCACAAUUGGAGAAUAAAUUCACAAAGGGAAUUCA